CAAAAUCAAUUUUCGAUGUUCAAAGCAAGUAGCAACCAAACAUAGACUUAUUUUGUUUGUUUUUGAUAGAGAUGUUACCGUUUUGGCUCCAAAUGAGAUCAUUACUGUCUUUUUCAACGUAAAUAACUCGCCUUGCCAUUCACACUCUCCACCUCACCACCGCCCUCAACUCCGCCGCACUUCCAUUUUCCGGCAUCCCCGCCGGAAAUGGUUAACCUUUAAAGCUUACACCUUUAAAAAAAACCCAAUUCAUUUUUCAUCAUCAUUCCUCUCUUUCAAACAUGGGUCAUGUUUUUCUAACUCUUUUUCAGUUUCUUCUCCUUCACCCCUUUCUCUUCACCCUUCACGCAAAUGCCAUCAAUCCUUCGAUUCCCAAAGACGCAUUGUCUCUUCUCACCUUCAAACACUUCGUCUCUUCAGACCCUUCGAAUCUUCUCUCCAGUUGGACCUACCGCUCAUCCUCCACAUUCUGCCGCUGGCAUGGCGUCACUUGCGGCGGGAGACGAAACAGAAGAGUGAUUUCGCUUCAUGUCACCGGUCUACGCGGCGGUGAACUGGCUUCUUCCAUCGGAGAGUUGUCGGAGCUUCGAGUUUUGUCAAUUCCCGGAAACAUGUUCUCUGGCGAAAUUCCGGUGAGUUUGAUGAAUCUCCGGGGACUUGAGGUUCUUGAGGUUCAAGGUAACUACUUUUCAGGGAAUGUUUCUUUUCAGAUGAGUUAUCUUGAAUCGCUUAAACUUGUUAAUCUCUCUGGUAAUGCUUUUUCUGGUUCUAUUCCGAAUGGGUUUAUUUUUUCUAGGAAUGUGGAAAUUGUUGAUUUGUCUGAUAAUGAGUUUUCUGGUUCGAUUCCUGUGAAUGAUUCUGUUGGUUGUGAUUCUUUGAAGCAUUUGAAACUGUCUGAUAAUUUUUUGACUGGUGAGAUUCCACCUCAAAUUGGGAAAUGUAGAAACUUGAGGACGCUUUUGGUUGAUGGGAAUAUAUUGGAAGGUAAAAUCCCUCUUGAGAUUGGGCUUGCUGUUGAACUUAGAGUUCUUGAUGUUUCGCGAAACAGCCUCACCGGUAGAAUCCCGAAACUGUUAGGUAAUUGUUUGAAGUUGUCUGUGCUUGUUCUUACUGAUUUGUUUGAUGAUCGCGGAGAUUCUGACGCGGGAAGUUUGUUUGAGGAUAAAUUUAGAGGUGAAUUCAAUGCUUUUGUUGGGAAUAUUCCUCAUGCAGUGUUGUCGCUUUCGAGUUUGGAGAUUUUGUGGGCCCCGAGAGCGAAUCUCGCUGGACGGUUACCUGCUGAAUGGACAGAUUCAUCAUGCUCUCUUAGAAUACUUAAUUUGGCUGAGAAUUAUGUUACUGGUGUCGUGCCCGCGAGUUUAGGGAUGUGUCGGAAUUUGACUUUCUUGGACUUGAGUUCUAACAAUUUAGCGGGAAAUUUGCCGUUGGAUCAGCUCCGUGUUUCUUGUAUGAUGUAUUUCAACGUAAGCAGGAAUAAUGUCUCUGGCUUGCUUCCAGAUUUUCGGAAAGAAACGUGUCGAUCGAGUAGUAACGCCUUUGCUGCACUAGAAUCUGUGUUUCUAGAAUUGGAUGGUUUGAAUGAUAAAUACUUUAACGUCCGUGUUUUGAGAUUUCAAGAGAAGGCUUUUGUCGGAUUAGGUUUCGAAGAUUCUACUGUCGUUAUUCAUGAUUUCAGCUGGAACAGUUUCGUUGGAUCUUUACCGUUGUUCUUUGUUGGAGGUAAUCUUUUUACCGCAAAUCGCAAAGUAUCGUACAUGCUGUCUUUGAAUAAUAAUAAAUUCAACGGAACUCUUCCGAAUCAGCUAGUUUCAAACUGUAAUGACCUCAAGAUAUUAUCGGUUAACAUCAGUGCAAACCAACUCUACGGUGAGAUUUCUCAAGCAUUGUUUCUGAACUGCCCGAAGUUGAUGGAUUUUGACGCAGCAUACAAUCGAAUCGAUGGAUCAAUUGGACCUAGUAUAGGUGAAUUGGCAUUACUUCGGCUUCUUGAUUUGACAGAGAACAAACUAUCAGGAGCGCUGCCGAAUCAGUUGGGAAAUCUACAAAACAUGAAAUGGUUGCUUCUAGGAGGAAACAAUUUAACCGGGGAAAUUCCUUACCAGCUUGGUAGAUUGACUUCCCUUGUUGUUUUGAACCUGUCUCACAAUUCUCUAAUGGGAACAAUUCCAGAAACUUUGUCGAAUACGACAAGUCUUGAAACUAUGUUGCUAGAUCACAACAACCUUUCUGGGGAAAUACCUUUAUCUGUUGCCGCUCUUCCCAAUCUUGUUCAACUUGAUGUUUCUUUCAACAAUCUUUCCGGUCAUAUUCCUCAUCUUCAACACCCGAUUAAUUGUGACUCGUAUAAAGGCAAUAAAUACUUGCACUCUUGCCCUGAUCCAUACUUCGGCUCGCCUGCUCCUCCCGCAGUUCCUAUUGCAGACGAUAAUUCGGAGAGUCGUCGUAAAAGGAAGAAAGCAAGGACCGUGGUUAUUGUGGUGGCGGCUUCUGCUUCUGCGGCUCUAUGCACCCUUUUGGUAAUAAUGCUGGUGAUUUGCUUUAGAAGGAGAAAAAUGGCUCGGCGAAGCAGCAUUAGAAGGCAAGAAGUGGUGACUUUUCAAGCUGUUCCAAUUGAAUUGAGUUAUGAUAGCGUUGUCAGAGCUGCCGGAAAUUUCAGCAUCCGUCAUCUAAUCGGCGCUGGUGGGUUCGGGUCAACUUACAAGGCAGAGCUAUCACCAGGUUUUUUUGUUGCCAUUAAGCGGCUUUUGAUAGGUAAAUUUCAAGGCAUACAACAGUUUGAAACGGAAAUCAGAACGCUCGGGAGAAUUCGACACAAGAAUCUUGUGACUCUAAUUGGCUAUUAUGUUGGAAAAUCUGAAAUGUUGUUGAUUUACAAUUACCUCUCUGGUGGAAACCUUGAAGCUUUCAUACAUAAUAGGUCAGGUAAAAAAGUGCAGUGGCCGGUUAUUUACAAAAUAGCGAAAGGUAUUGCCGAGGCCCUUGCUUACCUUCAUUACUCUUGUGUUCCCCGCAUAGUUCACCGAGAUAUCAAACCCAGCAACAUUUUACUCGACGAGAACUUUAAUGCCUAUCUGUCUGAUUUCGGCUUGGCACGCCUGCUUGAGGUAUCCGAGACUCACGCCACUACCGACGUGGCCGGCACGUUCGGUUACGUUGCACCUGAAUAUGCCACCACUUGCAGAGUUUCUGACAAAGCAGACGUUUAUAGCUACGGCGUCGUGCUUUUAGAAUUGAUAUCGGGAAGAAGGUCGCUCGAUCCGUCGUUCUCUAAUUACGGAAACGGAUUCAAUAUAGUACCAUGGGCAGAGCUUCUAAUGACCGAAGAUCGAUGUUCUGAGCUUUUUUCAUCCGCGUUGUGGGAAUCAGGGCCAAAGGAAAAGCUGUUCGAGCUUUUAAAAAUCGCGUUAACCUGCACAGAAGAGACUCUUUCUAUUCGACCGUCGAUGAAGGAAGUUCUUGAGAAACUUAAACUGCUGAAAAGUUGAAAACUUUCAGCAUAUUGUAUCUAACAGCAAAGGAAAUGCUUUUGGUUGCUCGAAAAUACCGAUAGAGGACAGAUUAUUACAUACAAAAGUUUAGAGACUGAUGAUGACAAUUAGGAUUCUGAUUCUGAUAUCAUAGUGACAAGAAACUUGAUAGCUGUUGAUACAAAAAAACAAAAAUAAAAGCAUUGUUGUUGAUUUCACAUAUUUUGAUACCAUCUGAAUGUAAUUAGUGGAUCAUGGUAAAUGUGAUUAUGAAUGAAUUAAUUUUAGACAAAUUUGGAAGGUGAUUUUUGAUGUGA